AUACAUACAAUGGCGGGAAACAUCAAUGGAACAAGCGCUGCCUCUGCUGGGCGAGACCAGCAACAAGGCCGAAAAUUUGGUUCUUCCUAUUGAGUCUGGCAUUUCAGCUCGUUUGAAGUGGGCACCAAGAUGGGAGACUGUGCGCGGCUGGCUGAUACACAUCGCAACACUUGUGUUGCCCAUCUAUGCCAUAAAACACCUUGGAAGACGCGAAAAGAAACAACUACGUCCUACAGCAUAUAUCGACGCAUUGCGAGGCUGGGCCGCGAUGUUCGUUUAUUUCUUCCAUGCAUGGGGUCUGCCUGAACGAAUCCACUACCAGUUUUUCCAAAUUCCCUUUUUUCGAAUCAUCUUUUACGGCGGUGGUGGCAUGGUGGCCAUCUUCUUCAUCAUUUCCGGCUAUGUCCUCAGCUAUUCAAUGCUCAAAAUGAUGCGGAACCAUCAAGCAGAGCGACUGCUGAACAGCCUAGCCUCAUCGACAUUUCGGCGGUACCUUCGAUUAUAUCUUUCCAUGGGUAUCGCCUCCUUCGUUGGAUUUUUGGAAGUUCGGCUGGGGUGGUGGAUUCCACCCCAAGUAGAACGCAAGACUACCUUUCUCGCUCAGCUCUUGGACUGGUUCUUGGACUUUUUAAGAGCGAGCAACCCAUUUGCCAACAUUCCUGGCUAUGUACAACCUCCGGACGUCCUCCGCACGAGGUAUCUACCCCAGAUGUGGACCAUACCCGUCGAAUACCGUGGCAGUAUCGCCUUGUUUGUCUUCUGUACCGCGGCAUGCAAGCUGUCCACUCGGGGUCGGAGGAUCUUUCUGUGGUUCAUUGUCCUGAUCGCCUACUACUGGCGUGCUGUUUACAUCUCCGAGUUCCUCAUCGGCAUGUUCCUCGCCGAUUUAUCCUUGUCUCGCCAUCCUGAGCGGCUAGGACCACAGAUUCCAAUGCAACAGCAACUCGCUACAGCCGUGGAAGGCGAAACCAAUGAGAAAGCUCUAUCUCACAAAGACAGUGGUCCCUCCAUCACCUGGCGCGUUCUUUGCGUUGUUUUCCUUAUGCUGGGACUGUUUCUCAUCGGUCAAGAUCCUAUCCUCGGUCGAUUGCCGGCGUUAUACUCCCCCUGGCCCUUCUUGUACCGGAUGAUUCCGUACUGGUACGGCGAUGCCUCAUACACGUUCUGGCUGGGCAUUGGUGCGUCACUUAUCGUCUUCGCCAUUGACUCAUACACAGCACUCCAACGACCUUUCGAGUGGAGGUUCUCCCAAUAUCUGGGCGAACUAUCGUUUGGAAUCUACGCCAUGCACAAACCAGUCUUUCACUUCCUCUUGGAACGUGUCUUGGACCCAUGGCGUGCCCGCCACCUUGGUGACACAUUUUUUGCUUACGUCCCUGGCGGGAUACUUACCACAAUCGCUGUCUUAUGGGUUGCCGACUACUUCACUAGGGUCGAUCAUCGCGUUAUUCAGUUUGGAAGGUGGUUAGAAGCGAAAACAUUCACAAAGUGGAAUUGA